AUGUCUGCGUACAGCACGAGUGCCGCAGACCACGAGUGGCAUUCUUCAGACGUCAGGACACUGGAACACACCCCACCACACUCAGACAACGACAUGGCCAUGCUACAGGCCGAAGUCUCUGGACACAACUUCGACAUGAAGCGUCCGUCAAUGCAAUCACACAAGAGCUUCCCCUACUUGCUCGAUGGAAAGAGCCAUCUCAACAGUGGUAGCACCACACCAUCAGGACAUGAUGAGAUUGAGCACCACGACGUCCCCAACGUGACCUUUGGAGGCUCUGCCCCCACCAGCCCCAUCUCAAGACUGACUCCCCCUUCGACCAACGAUGGCAACAAUGCAGACAAGCUUGAGGACCAAGAUGAUGAUCUCAUCCUCGACGACAAGGACGACGAAGACGACCUCAAGGAUGAGAACAGGGCGCCAAUGUCCGCUGCAGAAAUCCGAGCGGCGAAGCGGAAGAUGAAGAGGUUUAGGCUCACUCACAACCAGACUCGCUUCCUCAUGAGCGAGUUUGCCCGUCAAGCACACCCAGAUGCAGCACACCGCGAGCGACUAGCUCGGGAAAUCCCUGGCCUCAGCCCUCGUCAGGUCCAGGUCUGGUUCCAGAACAGGCGUGCGAAGUUGAAGCGAUUGACAAGCGACGACCGCGAGCGCAUGAUGAGGUCUCGCGCUUUGCCAGAUGACUUCGACAUGGCAUCAGCUCUUCACUCUCCGUUUGGAAACUCUCAUGGUCUUGGAACACCACUUGCUUCACCUGCAUCCUACAACCCGAGCUUCCCAGAAAGCAACAUGAUGCGACCCCUGAGCAUCGACACAUUCAGGCGAGGACCACUAGACUCUCACAUGUCGCCCACUGGUAUCAGCCCUGCCUUUGGUGGCUUCGCAUUCACGCCACCACAAUCAGCGACAGACACGAUAUCGCCAGUCUCGGCUCACGAGGGAUCACCCUUUGGCUUCCACUCAGCACCAAUUGACACCAGCCCAAGGACAUCGAACCCUUUCACAUCCAUGCCCACUCCCCAGUACCAGGCUUCGGGUCCAACGGCAACAGGCUACGGUCCUUUUCUAAUGGUGUUCCUCGGCGCAUCGAGCUGA